AUGGCUCAGCUCGAGAUCCCCAUCAUUGACUUCUCUGGCUUCUACUCAGAAGAUCCCGCCCGCAAGCAGGCGGUUGUGGACCAAGUACGCCAAAGCUGCCUCUACAAUGGCUUCUUCCAGAUCACUGGACACUCUGUGCCGCUGCAGCAGCAAAAGCAAGCCCUUGCUUGCGCCAAGAAGUUCUUCUCCCUGUCACAAGGUGAGAAAGACGAGGUAUCCAAGGAUAAGACCACUUGGAACCGAGGAUACGAGAUGCUGCGGUCGCAGAUCCUCGAGGAGGGAACCCAGCCUGAGCUGAAAGAGGGGUUCUACAUUGGUGAUGAUAUUCCCAAGACUCACCCUUACUUCGUCAACAAGAAGCUUAACAGUGGUCCCAAUCAAUGGCCUAAGGCUCUCGGUGAUGACUUGGCCGAUUUCAAGAGCCACAGCAUGGAGUAUUACCACUCCACUCUCAAGCUGGCAUCUGACCUGAUGAGGGUGCUUGCCUUGUCUCUUGAUCUCGAAGAGACCUACUUUUCUCGUUUCUUGGAUGGCGCUGUUGCCACCAUGAGGCUGCUUCACUACCCAUCCCAGCCAGCCGACGCUGAUGAGAAGCUGACUCGAGGAAUCGGUGCCCAUACCGACUUUGGUGCCAUCACCAUGCUUCUUCAAGACAAGGUUGAUGGUCUGCAAGUCUGGGACCAGAAGAACAAUGUCUGGAUUGAUGUUCCCCCCACCGAGGGAGCUCUUGUUGUCAACUUGGGCAACUUGAUGGCUCGAUGGACCAACGAGAAGUACAAGAGCAACGUUCACAGGGUCAUCAACAAGUCUGGCAAGGAGCGAUACUCGAUCCCCGUCUUUGUCUCGGGCAACCCCGACUACGUUGUUGACUGCAUUCCCACAUGCAAGGCUCCUCAGGACCCUGCCAAGUUUGAGCCCGCCACUGUUGAACAGGUUGUGUCGGCGUCCUACGCUGAGUCCUAUGGCAGGGCCCAACUCUACAAGCAGGGUCUUCAGAAGACCAUUGAUAGCCAGGUCAAGCCUGCCGGGGUCGCUGCUGCAUAA